UCGGACCAGGCAGAGAGCUGUCCAAGAGAACGGCCAGAUGUUGGAGCGCCGGGAAACCGAGAAAGAAAGCAGGUGGCCGGAGCAGAGCCUGGUGCGGUGGGGUUUUCCUCAUCCUUUGGGCAGCCCCAUGGGACUCCUGGCCACAGCCGUCCUAUUCUGCAUGCUGCUGGACCCAGUGUUACUCCAGACUCUGGAGCAGCAGGAUCUUCCAAAUGUGGAAGGGGUCCCCAGUCUAAAUAUGAAGUUUGAUUCUUGGAGAAUGGAACUGAGUUGGGACUGCAAAGAAACCACUACCUACCUCAAAUGCGUGAUGAUUCACAAGGAGAACGGGCCGAUCCAAAUAACACCCCAGGAGAAAGAAUGUCACUGCAAGUUUUCGGAUUAUUCUCUCCAUGAUGGAGUCACGCUCAUGGUUAAAGUAAAUAGCACCCAAAGACCGAUUCCAGAAACACUGGUCUACACUAACUCAGGUGGGGAGGGCACAGCUGCCCAAAAUUUCUCCUGUUUUAUCUACAAUGCGAACUUCAUGAACUGCAGUUGGGCAAAGGGUCAAGCUGCCCCUGAUGACGUCCAAUAUUUUUUGUAUAUACGAGACUCGAGAAGAAAAAGGGGAAGAGAGUGUCCUCAUUACAUAGAAGACUCAGGAACCCACGUGGGCUGUCACCUGGAAGACCUCUCAGGAUUAGCGAACUACAAUUAUUUCCUGGUGAACGGUACCAGCCAACGGACAGGAAUCCAGUUCUUUGAUUCGAUUUUGUCGUGGAAGAAAAUCGAAAUAUAUAGCCCACCCAACAAUAUCAGCGUGCACUGCAACAAGUCCUACUGUGUGAUCCGAUGGGAAAAGCCCAAGACCCGACAUAAGCUGUCCAACAUGGAGUUCAAGUACCAGCUGGACAUCCAGAAACAGAGCACUAAGGAACACAGUGAGGAUCAACCGAUUGAGGUGCCUGGUAAUUUGGAAAAUACCUACAGCUUCCCAAGUCCGGAGCCCAGACCCAAGCAUACUGUGAAAAUAAGGACCUCGGACGCGCGGAUCCAGAAGUGGGGUGACUGGAGCCAGCCCAUUGAGUUUGGUAUGUGUCCUGGGAGCGUCCCUAAGUUCAUCUCUGAGCCCUUCCCAUCCCAGUCCUGGUCCCUGUCCCUGUCCCCAUCCCUGUCCCUGUCCCAGUCCCUGUCACCGUCCCCAGAGACUCCUAGAGGGAGGAGUUCCCCAUCCACGG